AUGGUACGAGACUACACGCUUACCAUGUAUUUCCAGCAGUCCUGGAAAGACAAAAGGCUUUCUUACUCUGGAAUCCCGCUGAACCUCACCUUAGACAACAGAGUGGCUGACCAGCUCUGGGUACCAGACACCUACUUCCUGAAUGACAAGAAGUCGUUCGUGCACGGUGUCACGGUGAAAAAUCGCAUGAUCCGGCUGCACCCCGAUGGGACGGUCCUCUACGGCCUCCGGAUCACAACCACGGCUGCGUGCAUGAUGGAUCUUCGAAGAUACCCCCUGGAUGAGCAAAACUGCACCCUGGAGAUCGAAAGUUAUGGCUACACCACCGACGACAUUGAGUUUUACUGGAACGGAGGAGAAGCAGCCGGAACCGGGUACUACGAAAUGAUCCGGAGCUUCUGUCUACUGAAGCCAGGUCACGUGGCCACGGGUUUUCUCAGCGAGGUCACGACCAGCCCAUCAGACACGGCUCUCGACCUGCGAGCUCUCUGCCACCCGACGCAAAGCCACGCAACCCCAUCAUCUGCGUCUUCCCGCCAGCUCUCAGGCUGUCUUCAGGAUGAAUUCCAGGGGCCAGCGGAUGGCUACACCACCGACGACAUUGAGUUUUACUGGAACGGAGGAGAAGCAGCCGUAACCGGAGUCAAUAAAAUCGAGCUUCCUCAGUUUUCAAUCGUGGACUACAAGAUGGUGUCCAAGAAGGUGGAGUUUACAACAGGGGCAUACCCGCGACUGUCCCUCAGUUUCCGCCUGAAGAGGAACAUCGGCUACUUCAUCCUGCAGACCUACAUGCCUUCCACGCUGAUCACCAUCCUGUCCUGGGUGUCUUUCUGGAUCAACUACGAUGCCUCUGCAGCCAGGGUGGCACUAGGAAUCACCACAGUGCUGACCAUGACAACCAUCAGCACGCACCUCAGGGAGACGCUGCCGAAGAUCCCUUACGUCAAAGCGAUUGACAUUUACCUGAUGGGCUGCUUCGUCUUCGUCUUCCUGGCUCUGCUGGAGUACGCCUUCGUAAAUUACAUCUUCUUUGGGAAAGGCCCUCAGAAGAAGGGAGCCGGCAAGCAAGACCAGAGCGCCGAGAAGAACAAACUGGAGAUGAAUAAAGUCCAGGUGGACGCGCACGGCAACAUCCUCCUGAGCACGCUGGAAAUCCGGAACGAGACGAGCGGCUCGGACGUGCUGACGGGCACGAGCGACCCCAAGGCCACCAUGUACUCGUAUGACAGCGCCAGCAUCCAGUACCGCCGGCCCCUGAGCAGCCGCGAGGCCUACGGGCGAGGCCUGGACCGCCACGGGGCACCGGGCAAGGGCCGCAUCCGCCGGCGGGCCUCGCAGCUCAAGGUCAAGAUCCCCGACUUGACAGACGUCAACUCCAUAGACAAGUGGUCGCGAAUGUUCUUCCCCAUCACCUUCUCCCUUUUCAACGUCGUGUACUGGCUUUACUAUGUCCACUAAGGUCUGUCCUCGCGGUUCCUCUCACAAGGCCUGGCUCUCCUUUGUCAUAGCCGCGCGGGUCCCCACCAGCGACACUGCUGUGUCUUUUGAGGUAAGAGAUUCAGCCAUCCGAUUGGUUUUAGGUCUCGCAUAUCAAUUUUAUGACUGCACCAUGUUUACUUCAAAACACACACACACACACACACACACACAACAAAGUUUUUCCAGUCUGUUGUGGUCCAGGUUAGGAACCCGCGAGGCGCUCUGGUAAUCGCCAUGUUUACAAACACACCGGGAGGGGAGGGAGGUCCAUCCUUAGCAGUCUUUCCUAGUUGCCCCUGGAUUUUAUUGAUUUCCUUUUUAAAUGACAAAACACACACACAGAGGACCUCGUGUCUGUCCGCACCGCUUCCUGGUGAACUGUAACCACCUCAUGCUGCCACAAAAACACCACGAUGCCACGAUCUCAGAGGCACAAUCAAAGCCAUUGACAAGUUACAGAUUUCCAGGAAGAAGGCAGAGCCACAAGGAGCCUAGAAAAGGCAGGAAGACCCCUCCCCGCGCUGGAGUCCCCCAGGCCCCUUGCAGAGGGCCCCUCAGCUCUGUGGCCCGGGGUGGGCCUGGGACUGGGCCUGGCAUGAGCUGGUCAAGUUUGUGCAACCCCGACCUGCCAUCUCCUCGCCACGAAGCAGGUCGUAGGAGAUCUGCUGCCCCCUCAGACUUCCCAACAAAGUGUAAAGUGACAUGCCCAGCCUGGUAAACCUGGCGGCCAUAGAGAACAUGCUUCUUCUCUUCUGGAGAAUAAGGAGUCUGGGGGCGGAGGCCUGUGCUCUAACUGGCUGUUUCAAUGGAGCUUCGAGGACUUCAUUUCAUUAGCCUGGACCCCCUCGUCCCCUGGAGCCUCUUGGUCACCUUUCUCUAGUUUCUGCUCCAGGGAAGAGAGAGACAGAAGGGAUGGGAGGUGGGGUGGAGACGGCUUCAGAGAAGUGAAGGGGGAGCAAUUUUUGCUUAAGAAAAAUAGUGCCAUUUCCAUGAAGAAGGCACGGUGUACAUGCUGUGGAGAGGGUGCCUGGCGGUAUCUGAACUGCCAGAUCCUAAACCACAGAGUGUGUUCCUUUGCCUUCCAGAGAGCAGGAUCCUAUGGGGGCAGGCUAGUCACAGGGCUCAGCCUGUGUAUUAUGACCGUGUUCUGCUCCGCGCCCCGAAUGCGGAGUGAAUGCCCCAGGAAACGCUCACACAUCCAUGGUGGUGUGAGCCUUCUCUUCUGAGGCCAGGUUUCCAUUGUAGAGAAAACCCUGAAACUAACAACGACAAAAGCACUGGGCCUCCCGACAUGAACACUGGUAAAAUACACACCCUGUCUACACUCGCUCAUCACUGUCAGUGCUCUGCCUUCUGUGCUCGUGGGUUACUCUUGGCCAUGGUUCCCACAGAGGGGUCGGCCUUCAGUCACCUCGUGCUCAAUUCUAAAUAUGUUCAAGCAGCUAAAGUUAAGGUUCGUCCCAUUCUGUGUCACUAAGCUUUAUUGUUUUUCCUUCAGUCUGAGUAUGUAAGAACCCUGCAAGUUCAUUUGUAAGGUGGAGUGAAACCCUCCGUGGGCCAACCAGUGAAGGGGCCACUGGAGACCUGACCUGGGGGAAGGGACUAAAAGCUGGGGUCAUAACAUUGAGGACGAUCGAGGCUGUGGUGAGAGGCCAUGUUUACAACAGCAUCAGCGACUGGAAAGGAGAGCCUUUCAUUGGCAAGCUAAGGCCAAAUCCCUCCUGAUCAGCCCGAAGGGAGAAAGUUAUGAGAUAUCGUUUUAGAAAGCCCAGAGGAAAAGGGAACCCCGAAAUAAAUAGUCAUGGUUAAAGAAAAUACACAUUAGCUAAGCAUCUAAAAAGUCCUGCUUUAAAUGGAAAAAUGAUCUCAAUGUUUCAUGACAAAUAAGUAGGGUUAGGGGGACCCAAUUUUCAUUUAGGAUUUUGGUUGAAUGAUCACGCUUCCCUGGUCAAGGAAAUCCCUAGCUCCUGGGCUUGAAGUCAUCUGUUCUGGAGCUCUGCCCGGUCCCUUAACAGAGGUCCAUGCUCUGCUACUGUGCAAUGCCCAGAGAAACUGGGGUGCGACCAUGCCGGUGACCGUCGGGUUAGCAUCCCGGCGGCCAUGCAAGAACCUCUGCGCAGCAGUUUAUUUUAAACACAGGA